AUGCUCCACUUUGCAAACCCUCUUUUGAGAAACAUUAUUAUCAGGAAUCAAUUUGAUAGCAUCAAGAGGAAGCAAUGUCUCCAGUAUUUGAAGACCCUGAGAACCCUGCAAUAUGAUGGGUUUAAGACUGUAUUUUUGGGGGAAACUGAUAUCCCGGAAAGUCUUGUAACUGGGGAGGAUUUUGGUGAUAGAUAUUUCAUGCAAAAUCCAACUUGGUGUAUUGUGCAUGCUGGUGGUAGUCAAGGAUGGGUGCCCUGGAAAUACCGGAUGUUCCUUCGAGAUGAGUUAUGCAUCAGGCAAGAAGACAGCCUCUUCUUUGAGUUCUGUGAUGUAGUAAAGAAGGCCUACGGGAAGUGUGCCAUCGUGGUCAAAGAGAAAAGACAGUACGGUGAGAUGAGGCCCGAGGAAGACAAAGAGCCUGAGGACCAGUCCUGUGCCCCAUCAGUCAUUAACUUAACAAGCAUCGUGUGUUGCCCCGAAGUGGCCAAGUCCUGUGGCCAUGAGCUGCUCUCUCUGCCUUUCCCGUACAAUUACCUGAACCCUUUAGACUCAGCCUGGUCUUCCCUGAAAUGGUUUAUCAUCAAUAACAGAAAACAGUUUUGUCUGCAGUCCAUUGACAGCAUCUGUUCUUACCAGUGUAUACUUUUCAGUGACUUGAUUAGCAAAGGGAUUGAAAGGAUAAGCCCAGGCAAGUGGAAAACAAUAACUAACAAAGUGAGAAGAUGGGAAAACUACUAUCUUGGUAAAUUUUCUUAA